AGCGUGUCCCGCGAGUGACGAUCUUUGAACCCCAACUGAGUCAUCGCCAACUUGGUUCAAGAUGCCACCGGCCAUCGGAGGCCCUGUGGGAUACACUCCUCCUGAAGGAGGAUGGGGAUGGGCCGUGGUCAUCGGAGCCUUCAUCUCCAUUGGGUUUUCCUAUGCCUUCCCCAAAUCCAUCACAGUGUUCUUCAAAGAGAUUGAGGUCAUCUUCAAUGCAUCCAGCAGCAAAGUCUCAUGGAUCUCCUCCAUCAUGCUGGCUGUUAUGUAUGCAGGAGGUCCCAUCAGCAGCAUCCUGGUGAACAAAUACGGCAGCCGGCCCAUCAUGAUCGCUGGCGGCUGCCUCUCUGGGUGCGGGUUGAUUGCAGCCUCUUUCUGCAACACGGUGGAGGAGCUCUACUUCUGCGUUGGGGUCGUAGGGGGCCUUGGACUCGCGUUUAACUUGAACCCAGCCUUAACCAUGAUCGGCAAGUACUUCUUCAAGAAGCGUCCGCUGGCUAACGGCCUGGCAAUGGCGGGCAGCCCCGUGUUCCUCUCCACCCUGGCGCCCGUGAACCAGCUCUUCUUCGGCAUCUUUGGCUGGCGUGGCAGCUUCCUCAUCCUCGGCGGUCUCUUGCUGAACUGCUGCGUUGCCGGAUCCCUGAUGCGGCCCAUAGGCCCCAAGCCGGAUCAGCUGAAGAAAGAGGCCACUAAGGAGGUGCUGCAGGAGGCUGGGAAGGCGGUGAAAAAGGACGACGGUGACACCAGCACAGACCUCAUCGGCGGGAAGACCAAGAAACAGAAGAGCACGUUUUUCCAGACGAUCAACAAGUUCUUGGACCUGUCCCUGUUCACGCACAGGGGCUUCCUGCUCUAUCUGUCAGGCAACGUGAUCAUGUUCUUCGGGCUGUUCACUCCCUUGGUCUUCCUCAGCAAUUAUGCGAAGAGCAAGAAGAUUGCUAACGAGUCUGCAGCCUUCCUGCUCUCCAUCCUGGCCUUCGUAGACAUGGUGGCCAGACCUUCCAUGGGACUGGUGGCAAACACCAAGUGGAUCAGACCCAGAGUCCAGUAUUUCUUUGCCAUCUCUGUGAUUUACAAUGGGGUGUGCCAUCUCUUGGCCCCCAUGUCCACCAGCUAUGCCGGCUUCUGCAUUUAUGCCGGCUUCUUCGGCUUUGCCUUCGGCUGGCUGAGCUCAGUCCUGUUUGAGACCCUGAUGGACCUGGUGGGAGCGCAGCGGUUCUCCAGUGCCGUCGGCCUGGUGACCAUCGUGGAGUGCUGCCCCGUGCUUCUGGGACCCCCUCUGCUAGGGAAGCUCAACGACAUGUAUGGGGACUACAAGUACACGUACUGGGCCUGCGGGGUCAUCCUCAUCGUCUCUGGGAUCUACCUCUUCAUCGGGAUGGGCAUCAACUACCGCCUGGUGGCAAAGGAGCAGAAGGCGGAGGAGAAGGCGAGGAACGAAGGGAAGGAGGAGGAGACCAACGUCGACGAGGCUGAGAAGCAGAAAGAGGCAAACAACGACGUGGCCCCCUCACCUCAGAAGAGCGCGGAGGAUGGUGUCAAAGAGGAGGAGAGCCAAAUGUGAGGGACCGGUCUCAAUCCCGGAGUGUCGGGGAAGCGCCGCUGCCCUGGCGCGGUGGCUGGGGCAGUGCUCCGCUGGCGCUGGGCGGCCGUGAGAAGUGUUUAAACCAGGUGUUCAUUUUUAACCAGGCUCUGAAUUGUCUUUCCAUCUGUGUUCAACAAAGGUAACAGGGCUACACACGCAGUAUCCUCGUGUGUCAGGGGUCAGGGGGGCUUUUUAUAGUCUGGCUUUUUAACAGUAACAUGAAUGUACUAAUAUGUGCCUUACAGUCUUCAUAUCUAGCUGAAUCUGGAUGAGCCUUAACUCUAAACCGUGCUUUAGCUCUGUAUUCUGCUCAGGGUG